UAAUAUUAAGCGUCGCCUUCCGCUGUCCAUUCAGGUCUCAACCGUCGGCUGGAAAGAGAACCUUGAGUUUCUGCCGGAGGACGUUUCAGCUGUUCCUCUGCUGUCCUGUUCGCCGGUGAUCUCCUGGUUGGGAGAGACGAGAGAAGCCUCUCUGUCGGCAACGGCAAUCGCCAUUCCUCUUCCUCCACCCCACCAAAUCUAUCAACUCAAAAACCACCGAACAACUGUCCGUCUCGCAUUUCUUCAUCAGAUCCACCAUUCCUCCGGCGAAAAUCCCUCCGUCAAGGACAGGAAGUAGGAUCACGGUUGUUUCACAAAACCUGAAAUGAGGGAGUACGUGGAAAUGUAACCGUGUUCAACAAACUUUUGCCAGUAACGGAGAGCAAGUAGGAUGAGUUUGUCUGGUCAUCGGCAGAGUGCCAGACUUGUAUUGAAGUGAAGGAUAUCAUGAGCCUUGCAGUCCUAAUCUCUGAGAGGGAGCAGUUUGAUCUUUCAGGACCUCUAGACCUGACGUCUGUGGACUGGAAUGAUCCACAUCACAGAAGGUCUGUUGCGGCCUGCUUAGUACAGGGCGUGUACAUACUUGAGCGGGAUCGCCAGGAGAAGCGAGAGGGGCCCCAUGCCCUGGCCCCACCAUGGUGGGAGUUCUUCCAAUUCAAGCUUGUCCGUCCUCUCAUAGAUGAUAUUGACUGCUCCAUUUUCGGCGCCAUCUAUGAAUACAGCAAAUCUCCAACAUCUCCUUCCGACCCUCUAUGGAACUCUCCACAGUAUGUUAUUGCUUUUCGAGGCACAGUAACCAAGAAGGACUCAAUCUCCCAAGACAUUUUGUUGGAUCUACACUUUGUACAGAACAAACUUCACCAGGCGUCCCGAGCUGAGGCUGCCACACAAGCGGUCCGCUGCAUCGUUGCAGCAUCUGGCCCAUCUAGGGUUUGGUUAGCAGGCCAUUCCUUGGGCUCGGCCAUUGCGAUGAUAACGGGCAAGAACAUGGCCAAGUCCGGUGUGUUGCUGGAGUCCUUUCUAUUCAACCCACCCUACUUCUCCGUGCCGAUUGAGCGGAUAAAGAACCAAAAGGUCAAAUACGGGAUUCGUUUCGCUAGCAGCUUGAUCACUGCAGGCCUUUCUCUCGCCGUGAAGGGCCCACCACUAUCGGGCACCCGAUCACUGGAGGACCCAUUUGCCGCUUUGGCUGCAUGGGUCCCAAACCUAUUUGUGAACCGAGACGACCACAUCUGCGCAGAGUAUGUUGGUUACUUCGAGCACCGGAAAAAGAUGGAGCAGAUUGGUGCAGGUGCCAUAGAAAGGUUAGCAUCGCAGCAUUCAAUGGGGACCCUCAUAAUGAACGCAAAGGGGAACCGUGAGGCAGAGGCACUCCACCUGAUACCAUCAGCCAAUCUGACGGUCAAUACAAGCCCAUCCGAGGAUUUUAAGGCUGCUCACGGGAUCCAUCAAUGGUGGAGGCUCGACCUUGAUCUGCAGUCCAAGCUUUACAUGUACAGUUGACAUUAUCACGGUAUGGUUUGUGAUGGUUUCUUCGCACUGCACUCGCACUCAUGUUGUUGCUGUGUUUCUGGGAUCAGUUGCUAUUUGAUAACUGAACUGCCACUACUGGUUAUCUAAUUAUUGCCACCUUCAGCUCAUUGAUGUGAACCUCUUCACAUAGUCUCCAGAUUCACCGUCCAUUUUCCUGACUUGAAGCCUUCAGAUAAAUGGAACCAUUGGAAUCUCUACAUACGGAAUCAACCGUGGCAUCAUUAUUAAUCUUUGAGGAUAACAGGGAACUUAAGGUUAGACUGAAAAAGAAAAACUUUUGUUA